AAUCGUCGCGUUUGUUUUCGUUCUCCGUAUCCGACUCACUGACCGAUUCCCUCGAGUCUCUCCGAUUCAAACUCGCGCGAACGCUUUAAUAAUAAUUGUUAUUGUUAUUAUUAUUACGCACCCCAAUGCUCAAUGAGCGAAAAGAUGACUCGGAAAAUUACCGCACGAGAAGUCCAGACUAACGAUAAAUAAAUAUUUAUUUUUUUAAUCCCACGAUUUAUUUUUAUAAAAAAAAAUUUAAAAAAAAAAAAAAGUUUUUUAAAGUAAAUGAAAAUUUAGUUCCAUGGAAUUAAAUUAAGAAAAAAAAAACGUGUAUACAAGUGAAUUUAUUGUGAUGAAAUUUUUUUAAAUGUAUAAAAAAACUUUUAUUCAAGUGCAAUGGAUAAAAAAGUUCAACAAGCAAUUACUUAUCUACUGCUCUUGAUCGCCGGUGCAACUGGUUUAAAGAAUUUAAAAAUAACUGUACCGUCAAUGGUCCGUUCAGGCGAUGCAGUAACUUUAUCAUGUAUAUACGAUCUUCAGGGUCCUUUGUAUACGAUAAAAUGGUACUUCAAUGACCAAGAAUUUUAUCGUUUCGUUCCGAAAGCGAUGCCAACUCAAAACAGUUAUCCAGUACAUGGUAUGAAAGUCGAUAUCUCGACCUCAGAUGAGAAUGGCGUCACGCUCAUCAACGUCUCGAGGGAGCUGACGGGACUUUACAAAUGUGAAGUAUCUGAAGACUUACCAACGUAUCACACAGCCAUGAAGGAACAGCAAAUGCAAGUGGUUGAAGCCCCAGAUACGGAUCCAGUGAUACUUGUAGAUAAGCAUCGGGUCGAACCGAACGAGAUACUAAAGGCAAACUGUACAUCAGGAGCAUCACAUCCUGCGCCAAAUGUCACGUGGACCCUCAACGGAGCAGCACUGAAUAACGCCACGAUGGAAUUCAAAAUCCGUACUCGGAAAAUCCCAAAGGACAAGAUGCUGAUGACCUGGUCUGGACUCGAGCUCAAAGCAUCCAGUGGACUCUUUCAGGACAGCAGACUGAGAUUGCGGUGUUUUGCGAGCAUCAAUGGAAUUUAUACAGCGACUGCUGAAUAUGAAGUUGCCGAGGACGCGCCGUUGCUUGCUCCUAUCACUGGUGAUGCAUCUCCUCAUAGGGGUAAGAAUGGAUGCGAAACUACAUUGUCCGGGACACUCGAGGACCGAUGGAUGAGGAUACUCUGUCUGGUAGCCAGUGCAAUGCUAUUGUCCAAGCUCAAUAGGUAGCUUUAUUCAUCAACGGACAUCAUCGAUAUACGAUUAACAUCGUCCAUGUAAAACCUAGUAGUCUAGGGCUUCCAGUUAUUAUAUAUAUUUAUUGUAUGUUAAAACAUUAACUAUUUAUGACGUAGAUAGACGACGAAUCAUUUUUAUCCGAGAGUAUAAAUAAUAACAAAUAAUAUUAAUAAUAAUAAUAAUAAUAAAAAAUACUAAAGUAAUAAAAUAAUUAAUUAAGGUCGUUCGAGUUAAGUAACGUAAAUUUAAAUUUAAGCUGAUUCAAACACUUGUAUUUAAAAAAAAAAACUAUUGAAUAUUACUUUUAAAAAAAUAUAUGUUAUCUUUUGAUGUAAAUUGUUAUUUAAAAAAAAAAUUAUAAUAAUGAGUAAUUAUAUAAAAUAAGUGAAUUAAAACAUUAA